ACGACCAGUGGAGCACAGCGAUUUUGUUUUUAGGUCGCGGGAGGACGAGGAGGGAGAAAUGGCGAGCUCUUUCCUCGCGACGCCAUCGCGGCAUCUCGUCUGCUCUAAUCUAUCAGCGCGAGGAGUUAAAUCUCUUAGAACAGGAAUCCAAGCUCGUCCUCUGCACAAUCUAGGCAAACUAAGUUCUACAUGGAAGAAAAACGUAGACAAGGCACAAUGGAAGGCUGUUUUACAAGAGGACGCUCCCUACGCAGUGGCAAUCGGUGCUUGUGUUUUGAGCUCUUUGGUUCUACCAAGUGGACAAACCAAGCCCGAUGGCAGUGUUUUUGGUCCAGACGAUGUUCGCUACGCAGCAAUGGGGAUUAUAAGUUUCAUUCCUUUGUUCGACUGGCUGGCAUGGGUAUUUGCGUGGCUUGAUACAAGCAAACGAAGAUAUCUCGUCUUCUCGAUAGUUUAUCUUGCUCCCUACCUCAAGAGUGGGAUGUCUUUGUCGACAGAUGAUAGCUGGUUACCCCUAGCUAGUGUACUCGCAUGUAUACUCCAUGUCCAGCUUGAGAUUGCUGUGAACAACCAAAGCUUGGAAGAAGCGCAGAUAAAGGAGAACAUCACAAGGAUGCUGUUUGAGAAAACCAGAAUAAAAGAGCUGCGGGACCGGGGCACUGGACUUCUCUCGAGGCUACAAAAUCUCGCCGAGCAAUCCGCCCAUGCAGAAAAGCCAGAAGACUUCGAACAUGAAGCCACAAACAACGAGUUUGAGACAUGGGACGAGAAGUUCUUGCACAAGGUAAAGAAGAACAAGAGAGACGAGGUCGUAGACAGCAGUGAAAAGGCCAAAGAAUGAGUGUAGCUACCGACACACGACACACGACUGCGAAUAUAAAUAAGAAGCGAGCGUGAGCGCAUGAUCGCCUUUCAGAACGGGUCCUCAAGGUACGAACUAGUUUUCAUUAUCUUUGCAUUUUGCGUGGUUAAGGUCUAGUUUGGAGGAGUCGUGCUUUCGUGGCUUGACUGAGACGUGCUGUCAUUUUCCAACAAAGAGUGUUGGGUUGUCUUCACACCUUCCCGUCCUGUGACUCUGCUUGUGUGCCGCUCACCAGCCUGUGGAUAUUGACUCUUUUUUUCUUUAAUUCCUUGAAUUCCAGACUAGUUUCUUGGAUUUAUUCCAAACAGAUCGAUCGAUGUACAGUAAGAUACUAUAACUCGGUCGUCGUUGAAUUGAAACACCACCCUCUUGUUUCCUUGUGCAUGGUAAGUGUGUGUAUGAUCUGUGUGUGUAUCUCUGUCUUCAUUCUUUGUG